AUGAGCAAGGUGCAGAGGCUGCUGCAGCAGGGCCACGACGAGUGGUACGUGGAGCGGCGUGACCUGUACCAGACUCUGCUGUACGAUGCCCACACAGCUGGAUCCGCUUCAUCUCAGGGGGGCAUCCUGUCCUAUGUGAGAGCAGCUGGCACUUACACCCCUCCCAUUGCCCAGUCUCCCCUUCCGUCUGCUCGUCUCCUGAGGCGUGCUCACCUGAUCAUGGAGAUCGGAAAGAUGCCCGUCUACAGACACCAGAUCCUCAGUGUGACUGGAGAAAUCCUGUGCAUUGAUGGUACAAGAAAAGUCCUCAAGAAGAUAUAUGGUGAUGGCCAGGGUACCAUGCAGUACGUCACCAGUGUACUGAACGAGUGGGGCCAGUUCUUGACGACAGUGGUGGUGGCAGCUGAGUCAGAGGGGUGCUACGCGCGCAUGGCGAAAGGUCUCAUUGCCCGGUUUCGACGUGCCAAUGCUCCUGCACCAAAAGUCAUUUAUGCAGACAACAACUGCUGUCGUGACAGCGGUUCCUCCUUUCUGGAGAGUCUGUUUGCUGACUGGGUACAGCAGGGUGCUGUGGUCAGACUGGACAUCCGACACUGGCUACAUCGCUGGGAUGCUGUUGUGAUCAAACAGAGCCAUGCCAAGUACGGGUUGUUCAUGAGUGCCUUGGCGGGUGCGGUGCUCGCCUACAACAAGACGGACAUGAUGCUCCUGGUCCAGGCUGUCAGGAGUGGCAACGCAGAGCUGUACGGCAGGUAUUCCGACGAGGAGAUGAUAGCCUUCCUCAAGCCUCACCAGGUCAGAUCGUAUGUGAGGCGCAUCACCCGUGGGGUUGUGGAGUCUGCUUUGGUGAUUGAGGCCAUCAUUGCCGAGUUCAGGGGACCAGCAGGCCUGGACAUUGAUGGAAUCCCCCUGUUCAAGUCAACAGAGGCAGUUGAUGCUCACUGGGCAACUGCAAGCAAGCAUCUCGGCUGCAUGCAGGAUCCCCCUGGCAUACAGCUGUAUGUGUCUGUGAAGGUUGUGGUGCUGAAUGGUGUUCGGCUCAACAAGUACAGGUGCCGGAGAGGCAGUAACUCUUUGGAGGGGUUGCACGCACACCUUUACAAUGCCAUACCUUCACAGAGAUGUGGGAUUAUACCGUUCCAAUGGAACAACCGCAUGGCAUCACUCCGGGUUGCUGGCGGUCAGGGUCGGCAGACGUCAUGCAUGGACGCGCGGCAGAUCCAGCGCAUCAAUCAGCAGGCUGAGCUUCUGUUCGGCAAGGAGCACGUCCUGGAGCCCAACUUUGCUGCUCCACUGCCCGUCCCUGAUGCGUACGAGCACCCAGAUGAGGAGGAGCUCCUUGGCGUGGAGUAUGCCGUGUGCCAGUCUACCAGCUUCACUGCUAAAAAUUUCUAUGUGCAGAAAGCAAUGACAACAAACAUGGUAUAA